AUGUCAGAAUUUGCUGCGGAUGACGAAAUCCGAUAUCCCUCGGGAUUUGGAUUAAGCGACGUCGUCGGCUGGGGAACUACCGGCAUGGUCGUCCUCGACAAGCCCUCUAACACUGUUCUUAAGGUACCGUUCUACCAUAACAAUGAGGAGUGCCUUCUACGUAUGCGAAGAGAACAGGAGGUGUGCGAAAGGUUCGCACAACGCGGCGGCCAUGAGGGGCUUUUGUCUUACCAUGGCGUCUUUGAAUCGGGGAUCCGCUUGGAGUACGCCUCUCGCCACAACCUGCGAUUGCACCUUGGAGCCAGCGACGUCAGUUGCAGAGCUAUCAGAUUUGUCCACGACGCCGGCGUCAUUCAUGAGGAUUUAACAUGCGCAAACAUCUUCCUAGAUGCCUGCCUCAACGCAAAGGUGGCCGACUUUGCCGGGUCGUCAAUCGAUGGCUCCCCACUGCUAGUGGUUGUCACAGAGAGCCACGAAUUUCCAGGGCCUCGCCUGUCCGUUCAGGCCGAUCUAUUUGCACCUGGCAGCAUGCUCUACGAAAUCAUGACCGGUCACCCUCCUUACGAAGAACUGGACGAUACAGAGAUCCGUGCCCUGUACCUGAAUCGGAAAUUCCCCGAGACCGCAUCUCUUGGUGCAAUUGGGACCGUCAUCGAGCAGUGCUGGCAAGGCAACUACUCAGGUGCUGAGGCAGUUGUCGAGAAGCUACGAGACCAUGGAGUAGGUUGUAGUGCGCUAUUCGACGCGCCGUUUGGCAACCAUCAACAGCCUCAAAUGCAGUCCCAAUACGGCAAUAAGCCAUGCGGCCACAUGCACAGGCACAGGCACGGGUAUAGGCACGGGCGUAGUUCCAAGGGCGGGCGCAGGGCGACGUUCGGUUAA